UAAGUUUAUUCAUACUGUGCUAUUAUAUUAAGUAAAAAAAGUAAGCUAUAUACAUAUAACUCGACGCAAAAUGUAUCAAUUUGAUAAGUAUAGAAAGUUUCUAUUGAAUAGAGUCACUUCUAGUAGAGAAAUUGUGGAUUAUAUUGAAAAGACUUUAGCUACAGAAGAGGAAAUGGCAAAGCAUUCGUUUCAUAAAAUAUUGGUUUGCAGGUGGUCAGAUGGCAACUUAAAGCUGUUUGAAACUCUGAAUGAAUAUUUUGGACUCACAGUCAUACCAGUAAACUUUGUAGAGAACAAUUUACUCACGUCAUUCUAUACAAACAGUUUAAUGUUAGUCUUAAAGAUACUGAAAAUGGAUUUCAUGUUCCCAUACUGUAGGAACAUGUUCAGUUUAGACAUAUUACUAAAUGACAAGACGUCUACUGAAUGCUUUGAUGAGAAAAUUACAGUUAACGAAAUAGUCAGCAACAUUGUCAGUAGACGUUUCAAUGAACACCGUGAAUUGAAUCUGUCAAACUUUUGUGAGGAUCCAGUACUCAAAGAAAAAAAAAUCCAUUUUUACAAACUAAACCUGUUAUCGCACUUUAAAAUUCUUAUGAUCAGGAUGGGCAGGGAGACAAAGAUUUUAAAUUUGUCUUCUAACAAUUUGAGCCAAGUGCCACUGGAAAUAUUGAACUUUUUCAUCAAGGGAGACCUGAUUGGCGUCAAUUUAAGUAAUAACAAUAUUCCAUCAGUUGCCGAGUUACAAAGGAUAAGCAGUAAAAUUGAAAAGCUGUGGGUGGAGGGUAACCCACUCUGCGAGGAAGGCAUGGAUAUGGUUACGUACAUAAGAUUAUUAGCACAGAAGUUCCCCAGAUUGACUGAAUUGGACGGUGUACCAUUGAACGAACACGGUGUGAUGUUGCCGUUUUUCAAACACUUCGUAAUAUCAGCGGACAGUAAAACUAAAAUGGUCAUAGAAAAGUUCGUGACCCUGUACUUCGCACAUUAUGAUACAAAUCGUCGAAAACUAGAGAUGUUCUAUGAUAUUCAAGCCAAUUUGACGAUGUGUACCGAUUUUGACGAAACACCGGAAGACAUGCUAAAGGAUCCAUACGCGAUGCACUCUCGUAAUUUCCUUAAUCCCGUGAAACGUGCCCAGGUGGUCGAUAAGAACAAAAAGUUCUACAGGUCGAGGCACGCGCUUAUUGCGGUGAUAUCUAAGCUGCCACACACAGUUCACGAUCUUAACACCUUCAAUAUAGAUGUAUUGAAACACGAUAUAAAAUCUAUGGUCAUAGUAAUAAGUGGAGUUUACAAGGAGAUAUCACCUAAGCAUUAUAAAGAGAGAUUUUUACACUUCAGAAGGACUUUCGUAUUAUACAUUGCUCCCAAAAGUUAUAAUAACGUACUGACAAGUUAUAUGAUCGUGCACGACAUGCUGUCAGUGUCAUUGGCGACGGAGAGGAUCAUCAGGAAUAGUUUUAAGAACCCAAUCAGAAAUAUAAUGCAGUUUACACUAAUUGACCCCGACCCAGAAGAUAUAGUGAAUAUGUGCAAUAUAUUCAGCUAUUACACACAAUUGAAGGCGCACGAGGCGGAGGCUCGUCUCCUACAACACGAUUGGGAUUUUAAAAAGGCAUUGAAGCAGUUUACGGUAGAUUUUAAAAAAGGUAACGUGAGCUCAGACAAAUUUAUGGAUGAUGAUUUCUCAGACAUGUCAUCCCUUUUGGAUGAUGAAAUUGAUUAA